AUGGAUAGGUGUAUCCUGAGAGCCAAAGCACCGGAUAUAGCUGGUAAUGUUGACAAAGUCAAGAUAACCAAUCGCACGAAGUCGACACUAACAUUACAAUGGAAUAAGGUUGACAAUAACAUAAAUUACAAUUACACACUGAGCUACAAUGAUCAGAAUGAAAGUAUCAGUGGAUCAGUGGAUGAUGUAAUCACACACACAGUUGAAAAUCUUACUGCUGGGACUGAAUACAACUUCAGCCUCUACACUGUGUCUGAAGAAGCUCAGAGCACUGGAUACAACUUUACCGCUGUCACUACUCCCGAGAAUGUUGCCAACGUUUCUGUAACAAAUCGCAGUGAGACUGAGUUAAUAUUGGAAUGGGAGAAAGUGAACAACAACAGCAAUUACAAUUAUUUACUGAGCUACAAUAAUCAGAGUGUCACCAUCAGUGAAUUGGGAGGAGGUUCUACAGUGACAUACACAGUUACAGAUCUUACUGCUGGGACUGAAUACAACUUCACUCUCUACACUGUCUUUAAAGAGGUUCUGAGUGCAGGGCACAAUUUUACUGCUGUCACUACUCCCAGUAAUGUUGCCAACAUUUAUGUAGAAUAUCGCAAUGAGACUUUGUUAAUAUUGAAAUGGGAGAAAGUGAACAACAACAGCAAUUAUAAUUACAAACUAAACUACAAUAAUCAGAAUGUCACCAUCAGUGGAUUGGGAGGAGGUUCUACAGUGACACACACAGUUCAAAAUCUUACUGCUGGGACUGAAUACAACUUCAUUCUCUACACUGUCUUUAAAGAGAUUCUGAGUGCAGGGCACAAAUUUACUGCUGUCACUACUCCCAAGAAUGUUGCCAACGUUUCUGUAACAAAUCGCAGUGAGACUGAGUUAAUAUUUGAAUGGGAGAAAGUGAACAACAACAGCAAUUACAAUUAUUUACUGAGCUACAAUAAUCAGAAUGUCACCAUCAGUGGAUUGGGAGGAGGGUCUACAGUGACACACACAGUUACAGAUCUUACUGCUGGGACUGAAUACAACUUCACUCUCUACACUGUCUUUAAAGAGAUUCUGAGUGCAGGGCACAAUUUUACUGCUGUCACUAUUCCACAUGUGGUUACUGGGUUAUACUGCCAGUACUCAUCAGGGGGCUAUGGUCUAACUCUUGUUUGGGAUCCUCCAAAUGGAGGGAGGACAGCUGUACAGGUCAACAUAAAGAGCAAGAGCUUUAUUGAAACAGGGGAAAGACUGUAUAUCGAUGGACUGAUGCCAACCCAGUGGUACACCCUUAGUGUCUCUGCACACUUUGGGCCUGAGCGGAGUAUCCCAAUUUCUAUCACCUGUCAGACUGACCCAAGAGGAGUCAUAGCGGGUGUUCUAACAUUCUUUCUGCUGGUCAUCCUCAUCCUCUGUAUUGGUAUAUUUAUAUGGCAUUACAAGUCAAGGUUAUUCAGUGAUAGCAAGAUUAAAUCCUCUAAUGAGCCCAAACUGUCCAGUAAUAUCUACAAGCCAAUUCUCCUCAAGAACUUUCCAAUGCAUUUUAGCACCAUGAGCCGUGAUCAGAACCGUGGCUUUAUUGGGGAAUAUGAGGAUUUAGGUACAGUAGGUACAGAUCAGAGCUGUGCAGCUGCUACACUUCCUGAAAACAAGAGCAAGAACCGCUUUACAAAUGUAUUAGCAUAUGAUUCAUCUCGUGUGAAGCUUGCUUCACAACCUGGCUCUGAUACAGACUACAUCAAUGCUAACUAUAUUCAUGGUUAUGGCAAGGAAAAGCAGUACAUUGCUGCACAGGGUCCUCUGCCCUCCACUGUCAAUGACUUCUGGAGAAUGGUGUGGGAGCAGAAGUCUUCAAAUAUUGUCAUGCUGACUAAUUGUACUGAAGGAGGAAGGAUUAAAUGUGAGCAGUAUUGGCCAACGGACGAUAUGCCCUGGCUCUACGGAAACUUGCGGGUCUCUGUCCAGUCAGAGCAAAAAGAGAGCUUCUGGACUCGAAGAGAGUUUCUUGUCAGAAAUGAAUCUGCCUCUGAGGAGCACGGAGUAACACAAUUCCAUUUCACCGCCUGGCCUGAUCAUGGAGUUCCUACAGGAACAAAAGAUUUGAUUCAGUUUCGUUGGAUUGUUCGACAGCACAUUGAGACCUUCCCGUUUAGUGGACCAACAGUGGUACAUUGCAGUGCUGGAGUGGGUAGAACAGGUACUCUAAUUGCCCUUGAUUUGUUGCUGCAGCAGAUGGACAAAGAGGAUGAAGUCAGUGUUGCUGACUGUGUACAUCGCAUGAGGCUUAGUCGACCUCUCAUGGUACAGACUCAGUCGCAAUAUGUGUUCCUGCACCAGUGCAUCAUGGAUUCUCUGAAGCCCGAAGACAAUGCCAAUCCUGAGCCUAUAUAUGAAAAUUCGGAUAUCAUUUAUGCUAAUGCAGUGGCUCUUAAAGAGUUUAAAGAAGCCAGCUAAGGAGUCUGAAUAUACAUGCAUAUAUAGGUGCAUCUCAAUAAAUUAGAAUAUCAUAGAUUUUUUUAAUUUUAGUAAUCCAAUUUAAAAAGUGAAACUAAUUAUGUAGCUUCAUAACACACAUACUAAUAGAAUUUCAAGUAUUUCUUUCUUGGAAAGUUGAAUGGAAGGGAAAAAUGUGGUACAAAAAGAUGCAAAAGCAACGGGGAUAACCCCAACCUAGAGAGGAUUGUGACCGAAGCCCAUUCAAGAAUUUGGGGCAUAUUCACAAGGAGUGGACUACAGCUGGAGUUAGUGCUUCAAGAGCCACCAUGCACAGACGACAUGGGCUACAACUGCCGCAUUUCUUGUGUCAAGCAAUGUUUGAACCAGAGACA